AUGAGUGAAAGUAUACCGAAUGAGAAGUCCACCAAAGGCAGAAGACGUAGACAUACCAGUAUUGCAUGUGUGAAUUGUUCCAAAUGGCAUGUUUCCUGUGACAGUAGUCGACCUUGUAAACGAUGUAGUCAGAAAGGUUUAAUGGCUUCAUGUGUAGACGCCCCCAGAAAGAAAUCUAAAUAUUUGAUCGGGAUCCCUAAUAACGCAUUACCGGAACUCUUCAGAGAUGAUCGGACACAAUCGCUGAAUAACAUUAGUACAUCGAUGAGUUUCUUAUCGGAUGCUGCGAACUCUGAAUAUUCGAUGUUGGAGACGAUUACACAGCCGGGGAUACAAUCGACAAGGCAACCGACUUUACAAAGUUUAUUAAGUGAUCAACAGCACGAUAGAGUGAUCCAUGGCAACAGACCGGCAAUGGCGAUGUCGAUGGUCAUGUCACAAGGAUCAUCAUCAGCACCUGGAUCUACCACCUCUUUACCUUUGCUAUCUGGUGGAAUUAAUAAUUUACAUUCAAUAGCGAGGCCCGCAACGUCUAUUUCCGAGACCACAUUGAAGAGUUAUGAAAGUUCUGGUACAACCAGUCCCGAGCAUAGUGUUGGUGUGGAUCGUCUCGUAUCAUCGAAUUCAAGUUCGGCGGUCCAAAUAACUCCUUCUCAAGGAAGAAAUGCAUACACGAUGAUUUUAGGGCCUAAGUCGCAAGAAAUUGUCAGUUCACAAAUUGAUCUUAUGACAAACUAUUUUCCUUUAAUACCUGUGAAAUUGUCAAAUGAUGCCAGUUCACUUAAUUUCAAGAGACUUGUUCCGAUGGAUCCUGCAGUGAAAGGAACAGAUAUGCAACGAAAUGUUAAGAUCAACCAAUAUUAUUUAAAUAACAAGACUGUGACGUAUCCCGAAGUGCAACGCAAUUGUGAAUCGGUAGUGAACGGUAGAGAUAUAUCGUUUGCGUUAGAAUGUGUCUCCCCAGAGGUGAUUCAAAUUUUUGCUAAUCCCGAAUGGACUCAUUCUUUAAGAUACGCUACACCAAUGGAAAUUUACACACAAAUAAACAUGCCAUUUUCCCAUACAUCCGGGUUCCAUCAUUUAUUAGUCUAUUUGAAGGGCCGGUUCAAUCAAGACGAUGUUGUUGAAAUGUGUCGAUCCCUGGCAGAAUUCCGUCCAAUAUUUAUUGCUUGCUCUGUGACUUUAACCGAAGAGGAUAUGAUAUUCAUGGAGCAAGUGUAUCAAAGAACGUUAUUAGAAUAUGCCAAGUUUAUUGAAUUGAGUGGCACACCGACGUGUGUUUGGAGACGUAAUGGGCAAAUCUCGUAUGUGAAUGAGGAAUUUGAAAUAUUAACCGGUUGGAAACGAGAAGAAUUAUUAAAUAAGUUGACGUUUGUUGUUGAAAUUCUUGAUGAUGACAGUGUUCGUGACUAUUUCAAGACUUUUUCAAGUGUUGCGUAUAAGGAUUUUAAAGGCUGCGAACAAAUGAAGAUUUGCAGAAUCCUGACGCCAAUCGAAGGACAAGUUAUUCAUUGUUCAUGUCUUUGGACUUUAAAGAGAGACAUUUCUGGUCUUCCACUAAUGAUUCUGGGCAAUUUCAUGCCGAUCCUCAACGAAUAA